AAAUGUUAGAUAUAUUAAACACAACUAAACUUAUUAAACAUAUCUAUCAGUUGUCCGCGGUUUUUGAUUUGUACGCGCGCGUUUAUAAUUAAUGCUAAACUUUUUCGAAAAGUGUUAUUAAUUCGGUUUUGAGUAAAUUUAUAAUAAAAUAAGUUAUACCAGAUAAUAGCACAAUGAAUACUUAUAUAGAACAGGCAAUGGAGAAAAUCACGGAUUUGCAACAGCAAACUCACUUUUGUAUCAAUAACUACGAUUAUUACCAUAAAAAUAAUGAAUCAGAAAUUUGUCGUCAAAAAGAAAAACAACUACGUGUUAGUGGAAUGUAUCUAAAAGAAUUUCUUAAUACGCUUGAAGCAUUUCAGAACACUAUUCAAGACAUCACAAGUCAAUGCGACGAAGUGGAUGCAAUUCUGGAAAAGUGCAAUUCACAGAAAGGUAAAAAGGAUGUAGAGGAGACGGAUAGCAACAAAGAGAAUGUUUAGAUAUGUACAUAAUACCAGUACUAGUUCUAAUUUGCCAUAAGCAUUUGAUAAUAUGAUAUUUAAUAACUAUAAUACUAGAUAUUUUUACACUAUAAUUAGCUAUUAUAUAAUGAUAAGGAUUUUGAAAAAAUAAAAAUAACGGAAACAUAAACAUUUUGAAACUAUAGACGCGUACACAUACGCUUUUAAGAUACUACAUUUGCUCUAACAGCGUAAAAAUUAAUAUGGGGUAUGUG